AUGUCGACUGGAGCGCCAUACAACUGAGCUAGCAAAAUAAAAAGACAUGUUCGGCAGCAUUUCCCCCCAAGUUUUCCCUUAAGAAUUUGCUGUCGAAAUUAAGACAGGGGUGUGGGUGUCAUGGAGGGUCCGUGCCGUCGGUUGUCCGCCGCGCCGGAGGGAGAACUCCGGCCGCCGGGCACGCGGGAGUCCGGCGGGGAGGCUGCGCCGGAGCCCACGCGGGACACGAGGACUCACUUCCGUGUGUGUCGCUUCAUGAUGGAGACAGGAGUGAAGCUCAGGAUGCGCUCGGUGCCAGUGGCCACAGCCUGUGUGUUGUACCAUCGUUUCUUCCAGCGGGUCACAUCGCGUGUUUAUGAGCCCUACCUGGUGGCUAUGAGCUGUUUGUACCUGGCUGGCAAGGUGGAGGAGCAGCACCUUCGGACCCGGGACAUCAUCAACGUCAGCCACAGGUACUUUAACAAAGGUAGUGCUCCUCUGGAAUGUGAUAAAGAGUUCUGGGACCUGAGGGACAGCGUGGUGCAGUGUGAGCUCCUCAUCCUCCGACAGCUCAACUUCCACGUCUCCUUCGAGCAUCCUCACAAGUAUCUGCUCCACUACCUGCUGUCUGUGAAGGCACUCGUGAACCGACAUGCCUGGUCUCGAACCCCUGUGGCUGAGACUUCCUGGGCAUUGCUGAGAGACUGUUACCAUGGAGACAUGUGCAUCCGCCACACACCACAACACAUCGCCAUAGCCGCGCUCUACCUGGCAUUGAACAGCUACGGAGUGGAGCUGCCUGUUGGCGAGAAGGAGUGGUGGCAGGUGCUGUGUGAGGACGUGACCAAAGCAGACAUCAAUGCUGUGAUCUCAGAUCUUCUCCGGCUGUAUGACAUGGAGGCCAAAUGUAUCUGAAGGAGACGGCGGCGACAGACAGGAGCUCCACAUGAAAGUUCUGUUGGUGUCUGCGUGGCAAGAACAUGAACAUGGCCUGAUCGGCGCAGCGGAGGGCUGGGGUUCAGGUGUGUUUGAACAAUCUGUGCAUCUGAGGCAGAAAGGACUUUGUUUUUGCCCCAGUUACCCCGUGGAGCUAAGAAAAUCACACCUGCAGUACCCUUGACUGCCACCGAGGGGAGACAUUUCUCCCGUUUGGUCCAGAUCCGUCUGAACGCCCCACAUGUGACAGAUUUUUACUCCAGGCACCACUGUGGGAAUUUGAGAAGAUCUACACCUCUGUGUGUAAAUAUUAUCAAUGCAUUGAUUUGUAAUAACGAUGAAGAAAUAAAAAUGUUGUAGAAUGUGA